AGCGUUUACCAGAAGAGCGGCAACUCCAGCCUCAGCCCUCAGGUGGCGGGCAGCAUCACCGCUGCUCCCGCCGGGUUCUUCUCCCGUGACCCUUCGGACAUCAACGUCGAGGGUCUGAUCGCGUACACGGUCCCUGGCGUCGACGCCACCACCGACUCCUACAACCUGGUGGUGUACUUUGCCGGUAUCAAGACGGCCACCGGCGGAUACACGACCGUUGGGUUCGUGAACACGAAGACGCCGAUCGACGAGGAGCUGCUGACGCAGAUGAGCGCUACACCGUCGACCACGUACAAGACCACCGCGUCUUCGAGGCCGAUGACGGUCGGCGGAAAGUCUUACACCUUCCAGGCGAGAUUGGUCGUGGGCGACUACGGCUAUGCGGUUGAUGUCACCUUCUCGACCUAA